AUGCUGCCACCAGCCACAGACUGGAUCAAGGCGAGCUCCCGCCCCAGCCUCUUGUUGUACGCCGCGACUGCAAUUCUGCUUGCGCUGCUAUUCUACACAUCAUGGAGCAGCAUCAACCAUGUCAGACGCAUGCCGCCCUUGAUCAACCCGCCCAAGAUGUUCGACCUGACGUACUCCCGGAGCAAGAUGCAGUCUGUCACCGGCACCGAAGACCUGAUGAGCGACGCGCGCAAGAGAUUUGGCGACAAACCUUACAGUAUUGUCACUCUCGGCGGCCCCGUCAUGGUCCUGCCGGCCAAGUUUGCAGAAGAGAUCCGCAACGACGCCCGCUUAAGCUUCACAAAGUCGGCCGAACAGGAUUUCCAUGCCCACCUGCCCGCAUUCAGGCCCUUUGGGGGGGACAUCACCGAUCGGCUCGCCGCCGUGGCCAAGACACAUCUGACCAAGCUCAUCGCCAAGACAACGAUACCCCUCUGUGAUGAGGCCGCUCGCACUCUUGAGAUGAAAAUCGGCCGUUCUCCAGAUUGGCAGCAUCUCGGCCUUGAGGAGUUGACGCUGGAGAUAACAUCUCGCAUGGCCGCGCGCGUCACAUCGGGCCAAGAUCUGUGCCGUAACGAGACAUGGCUCCGCAACACGAUCCAGUAUACCAUCCACGCCCCCGUGGCCGCCAACAAGCUGCGGCUGUUCCCAGCCCCCCUCCGUUACCUGGCGCACCUCGCGCUGCCGGAAUGCCGCGCCAUGCGAACCGAGCUCGCCACAGCCCGCGCCCUGGUCACGGCUGUGGUUGAUAAGCGCCGCCGCGAGAGGCUGGACGCGGCUUCGACCGGCCGCCCGAUGCCGUGUUACGAAGACGCCAUCGAAUGGGGCGCCGAGCAGUUCCAGGACUCUCCCGGUCCUAGCGUAAAAGACUACGAUCCGGCCAUGUUCCAGCUCCAGACAUCCGUUGUCGGUCUCCAUAGCUCCACCGACCUUCUUACGCAGACCCUGAUUAACAUCCUCCUCCACCCGGACAUAGUGCCGCCGCUGCGCCGCGAGAUGGUCGACGCGGUCGGCCCCGAGGGGUGGUCCAAGCCGUGCCUCCACAAAUUGCAGCUGAUGGACGGGGUCAUGAAGGAGACGCAGCGUCUCAAGCCGCUCGAAUUUAUCACGAUGCACCGCGUUGCCACGUCGGACGUGUACCUUUCGGAUGGCACCCUGAUCCCAAAACACGCACACACUGUAGUAGCCAACACGACACGCCUCGACCCGUCCAUCUACGAGCGUCCAGGUGACUUCGACCCUUUCCGCUGGGUGAGAAUGCGGGCCUCAGAUAAACAGAAACACCAGGCGCCCAUGGUUAGCGCGGGCAUCAAUUCGCUUGGCUUUGGGUACGGCCUCCACGUGUGCCCAGGCCGCUUUUUCGCAACCGACCUUGUCAAGAUGGCCCUCUGCCACCUGAUGCUUAAAUACGACAUCGAGUUGGACCAAGAACUCAACCCUAAGCCAUACGUCCCGAUGGGCUUCUUUCUGGGCCACGACCGAGAGGUCCGGAUUAAGAUCCGCAAGCGCGCCGAGGAGAUUAGUAUUGAUGUCUGA